CUGAAUGAAGCCAUCGUUGGGCAACGAGAGAGAGAGAGACAAUUACGCAGCAGAGCAAAGUGUAAACAUUUUUUCCACAUACGAUAAAUUAAUAAACCAUAAUUUUAAACAAAAACAAACUGAACAAUACCAUUGAACCGCGUGCAUUGUGGCGGAUGGACGCACCCAAUGAACGGAAAUACAAACUGCGGUCAUCAGUGAUAGAGUGAAAGUGUUGUGACUGCCAGACGACGACAGCCUGUUAAUUUUCCCACAGAACAGAACAAGUGUACACUGCUUACACUGCUUACUAGAAAGAAGGCAAAGUAGCGUUAAUGUGUUUGUUGCUCUCAUAAUAUUCGUUCGUUUGUAUAUAAUACAAAAAAAAGAAUGUUUUAAUCCUUGACGUAAGAAGAAUCACAAGUGGGAUAAGAUUACUGAGGAAUAUUUAAUUUGAUCCUGUGCGUGCGUUUUAUAUAACAACUUGUUGCCCCCCUUUUUUACGUCGAGGGAGAAGCAGGGCAAGGACUUGAAAAUCGGUUUGGAUUAAAUUUGAUUUGUGUGUGCCUGCUGUAGUAAUGAAAAAAAUUAUUCGUUUUGAAGGAGAACAAUAUUGAUUUUGUAUACAGCCUGUAGUAACAACAACAUAGUGACUAUUGAAACUGAAUUUUUCCCACCCCCACCCCAACGCCAUCACUAUUAAAAAUAAUAGAAGAGGAAACAAGUGUAUAGAAUGUGGGCAUUGCGUAUAAAAAUAAAAUGUGAUUAACAUUUUAAUAGCCUACCUCAGCGUCAUCAUCGAACAACCAGCUCGGAAAGUUAGUUACAAAAGGCACAAAACAUAGAGUACAAAGUCUCGGCAGAAUGAAAAACAAAGUUAACCCAAAAGAUAUACCUUCUAUAGAUGAUUUACAAAGCUUUCCCAAUCGACGACCUUUGUUUCUCUUGGAUACUCCAUCAUCGGAGAAUGAAAGGCACAAAACCUCUGCAUCCUACUCCACAACCGCAUCAUCAUCCGCCUCCUCAUCUAGGGGGAAACUAUUACUGUGGUCCUCGGUAUUGCGCGUUAUACAACUUAAUUGGAAAAUCUUUUUGUCUGCCUUGGCAGUGACACUGCUGGCCAUCAUUUGGUAUUAUCCAAUUUUCUUUCUCUUCAUUCUGUUUGUGUUGUAUUCUUUGCUAUUGGUUGUUGCCGCUGUGGCCGGUACCGUAUACAUUCAUUAUUUAUUUACAACCAAAGAGCCGCCAAAACCCAAUCGUGAACCAUUAAAUGUUCUCUACAAUGCCACCCAAAAUAGUCUCUUUGACCUACCCAAACCCAUUAAGAAUGCCUCGAAUUUACCACUUAUCUUUGGGAAAACGGUGGACCUACAAAUACAACAAAUUAUCGAAUAUGUUCUUAGAGAUUUUAUGACACCAUGGCUGGGCUAUGUUGUCACCAAACCAAAAUUAAUGAAUGACAUUGUCCGUGAAGAUUUGUGGAAUGCCAUACAAAAAAUGCAUGAACGGGCCAAGAAAAUCGAUGCACCCAAGAUCAUAGCUGUCGACAUGGUUAACAGAGUAACAGUGCAUUUGGAGAAGAUACGAAUAUCGGAGGCACGAGCGGCCGAAAUGAAUGUGGCGCCAGUGUUUUCAACAAAUUCCUAUUUGGUUACCGAAGAAAAAGAACUGGAAUUCUUAAGGAAGUUGUGUGAAAUAAUGGUUAUACUUUUACUACCGCGAGGUUACUCUCUGCCGCCAUUGAAGGUGCUGCUAAGUGAGAUACUUUCGUAUAAAAUUUUCUUUCCCAUGAUAAAAAUGUUAACCUCACCGGACUAUAUCAAUCAGAAAAUUGUACAAAACAUUGAAGGACGUUUGGCGGCGGCAGCCAUCAGCAAACGUUCAUAUGAGUAUGCAGCAAGUUUUGAAGAUUUCCUCAAAAUAAUCAACAAUUGCGGCAAUCUGGAAGAGUUGUCGCUAAUACGCAAAAGUAUUGUCAACGAUUUGAUGCAUGCAACAACAGUACAAAAUCUCCAACGUGCCAAAGGUAUUGAUCCCGACAAUGAUCCCGAUCACAAUCUUUCUAAAUCGGAAAUAUCCGCUGCUGUACGUUUGAAGCGUUAUGUUCAACAACUGACCUAUGCCAAGAAUAUGUGUGAAAAAAAUUUGGAGAAAUUCGGUUGGAAUGGCAACUAUUCAAGUGAUUUGGAUUUAUCGUUGGUGGAGAUACUAAACACCGCCAUUGGCAGGCGUUAUUUUACGAUAUUUUUGGAACCCCUUAAGGCCAGUGCUUUGGUGGGUUUCUAUAUGGCAGUGGAGGAAAUGAAACAUGCCCCCAAAAACUCAGCCCAUCAGCUAGGGACGGAAAUAUUCUACACCUAUAUACGAGUACCGAAAUCCGAAUUACAAUUCGACAAACAUGAACGAAAACUGAUUGAAACAUUUCUGCUCGGUGAUUCUGGACCAGAAAUAUUCUAUGAUUUGCAAAAACAAGUCCUUAGAACACUGGAGGAGAAAUACUAUCCCCCGUUUGUACUGAGCGAACAAUAUCGUCUACUCAAGGAGGCAUUGGACUCUGAUGACUAUAAAGAUCCCACCUUAAUAGUUGGUGCCCUGAGUGAUAAUCACGAAGAGACAUCGGCAAGUUUAGAUGGUCUGGAGGCCAAUAGUUCAGGUACCAUAGAUGUGGCGGCCCAUACAUCGUAUGCUCGCAAAAAGUUGGAACAAAUUCAGGAGAGAAUAGAUAAGAAAAAUCAAGCCUUAGAUGCUUUAAAAUACUCAGUGAAACCUGAUUCCAAAGUUUUGCAAAUUUUGGAAAAAGAAAUGGAAUGGCUGAAAAACAUCAAACGGCAAACGGAGGCCCAUUUGCGUCGUACCGAUGCGUGGACAGAACAUUUGGGCCGUUGGAAGGCCACAUUACAAAGUGUUGAGAUUUCCGAUGAAAAAGAAUCGUUGCAAUUUAUGAUUUUAGUCCACGUAGACGAGGAUAUUAACACUCCAAGUGCGUUGAAACAAUCGUCGUCGGGAAAGGUGGAGGCCAGACCUGGUAGCAUAUCUAGUGGUUGGGUGGUCAUGAGAUCACUAAAUCAAGUUCAUGAGUUGCAAAGAAAACUACGACAUGUCAGUGCCAAUCUCAAAUCAUAUGAUUUACCAACAAAUUUUAAGUUUUUCUUUUUGAAAAAUGAUAAACAUGCCCUGGAAAAGGCCAAGCAACAGAUACAACGGUUUAUUAAUAUGAUUUUAGAAGAUGACCAUCUGAAUGGCAGUGAAGCCAUCUACACUUUCCUCAGUCCCAGUUCGGAUCAUCUGAAACAAUCACUACCCUCACCAAAAAAAUCGAAAUUUUCACUUUCGACUCUUUUCAAAACAGAAACUGUAAAAAGUUCAGAUUCAUCAUCGAAAAGUUCAUCGACAGAUCCUUUUUGGGGUUUACAGCGAGACGAUGAGGACAUAUCGACGUAUUUGGAAGGUGUUCCGGCCGGUGAUAAUAAGUUGUUGGCCGAUUUGGAUAGCAAGGAUUCGAUAGCGGAGCCAUUGUAUGCCUUGAUGGGUGAAAUUUUCGAUAUGGGCGGUGUGUUCAAGUGGCUGCGUAAAAGUCUUAUAUCGUUUGUACAAAUUACCUAUGGUAGAACAAUUAAUAGGCAAAUUCGUGAAUCUGUAUCAUAUUUGUUUGAAGAAUCAAUGCUGCACUAUUAUUUUUCUGCGAUAUUGAAGUCGUUCUGGCCCGGUGGGGUAUUGGCCUCAGCCUAUCCAGUUAGAUCGGAUGAUAUGAAAGAGAUGACAACAAAUGCGGCUAAAGCUUUACUCAUGGAUAAUAUCCCAGAGGUAUUGUGUAAUUUGGUUGGUGCUCAAGCAGCUAAACGGGGAAUACUGAAGGUGUUCGAUGCCCUACAGAAUCCUGUCUAUAAUAAGCAAUUGUUUUAUGAACUCUUGGAAAUUCUAAUGAUGGAAUUCUUUCCCGAAAUUAAACAAUUGAAAAUACAUGCACCCACACCGACACUACACUCGAACCAAUCACAUUCCACGGGUGCUGGAAAUAGCAGCAGUGGUGGAAUGGGCAACAACAGCGCUGCCGGUGGUAGUGGAUCUUCGAAUAAAUCUCACAAUAAUAACCAAAGCGAUAAAUAUCACCAGCAACAACAGCAAUAUUAUGGUGAUAGACACCAAACCCACCAUGGCAGUGAUAAACAUUCUAACAAUCAUCAUCAGCAGCAGCAGCAUUCCCACCAUCACACAGGAAAGUAAACAAAUUUGAAGUGUUGUUUUUUUUUUCUUUUCUUUCAUUUAAGUUAUUUAUUAAAGCCAUACCAUGUUAAA